UGUCCGUGCAUACAAAGGCAGACAGAAAAGCACCAACCCGUAUUGUGGAGACAGCUUUUUAAUCAGCCAGUAGUGUGUAGUCAGACAACAGUGAAGCAUAAUAGAUACUUCUUUUUGACGAAAAGAAUAUACCUCAAUGUCUAGUGGAAUUUGUAAAAUUGCAUUCUGAUUCACACGUAGUGUUCAGCCAAAACACAAGGAAUCAUAUUGGAACGCAAGUGUAUAAUUACCGACUGUCUGCUGGAGGUAACAACGACGUUUUAUCGGAAUGGGAUUGAAAGACUGUGAGAUAGAGUUGGACAAUCCAUGGAACACGUAUUACGCCGGUCAGACUGUCAAUGGAAAAGUUACCUUCACCUUUGAUUCUCCGAAAAAAAUCCGAGGAAUUGUCAUUAAAUUCACUGGUGAGGCUGAAACCAAGUGGAGCCAAACUGAAACAAAAACCGAUCAGGAGGGUAAACAGUAUGAAUCGACUACCAAUCUGACCGGACAGGAAGAGUACUUCCAAAUCCAGUACUACCUGCUCGGUGGCAAGAACAGCAACGAAAUUGAACUACCAGCAGGAACUCACAGCUACCCUUUUACAUGUGCUCUGCCUCCAACGCUGCCGUCAUCUUUCGAGGGUGAAUGGGGAUUUGUUCGGUACACGGUCAAAGUGACUCUCGAUCGACCAUGGAAAUUUGAUCAGGAUCUCAAAAUGGCGUUUACCGUCAUUUCACCUGUUGACCUGAACCAGAAUCCACGAGUGAAGGAUCCUUUCAAACUGGAACGCGAGAAAACCUUCUGUUGCUUCUGCUGUGCAUCCGGGCCACUAAGUGUCAUUGUGCACAUUCCUGUGACUGGAUUCGUAUCCGGUCAAACGAUUCCACUGACAAUUGAAUGCGAUAAUGCCAGUAACGUGGGCGUAGAGUCGAUCAAGCUAAGCCUGCGGAAAUUACUAGCAUUCCAUGUAAUGAAUCCUCGCCGUGAAACGAAAAAGAAAAAGGAAAUAAUCUCGGCAAUAUCCGUCGGGCCGGUAGAGGGCGGUAACAGUCAGACUUGGAAUCAGCAUAUACUGAUACCACCAUUGCCACCAUCAAAUCUAGUUAAUUGUGGCAUUAUCGACGUGGACUACGAUAUCAAGGUAGAAGCAGUGGUAGCUGGUCCACAUGCUAACUUGGAUGGAAAUAUUCCCAUCGUUUUGGGAACAGUUCCACUGGCGUCAUUCCAGCCACCCCAACCGUACACAGAUAAUCCUCCCGAGACGGAUCCUUCGAUGCUACCAACUCAACCAGUCAGUCCAGCUAGUCCCCCGAAUGGUACCGGCGGUGCACUCGGAUGGAGCAUUGCAAAUGGUGGAGAUAGUCUUUAUCCGAAUAUUCCACCCCCAACAUUCGCCGAAGCCGACUUCAAGGCACCGAAUAUCUCCAGUAAGAACGACAGUGAGUUUACCCGAUUCGUGGGGCCAUCGGAGUAUGCUCCGCGUUAUCCGACAUAUGCUUUUACGCCAUCAGCGCCACCUGCCGACUUGUAGACUUUGCCACACAGAACAAACGAAAAAUCGGUGCAUAGCAUCACACAUCAAAGGUGCAAUUAAUUUUGAAUUAUUCUCAACGAUAUAUUCGAUAUAUUUAUUCAAUUGUUUUUUUUUGUAUUCAUGAAGUGCUUAUAUUAUUUUUGAUUUGUUGAUCGAAUAUCCAUAGACGAUAAGCACCACUACAAUGAGUUAGGAUGAAUGAAAUUUCGCUGAUGAACUUGUUUGAACAAAUUUGACCCGAACAAGAAAAGUAAAACGCACAUCUACACUGCAGGAACAACAUCAUUGUAAAAAAAUAAAAUAAUCUCAUUUUAGGAAUGCCGCCAAACCCUAACCAUGCAUUCAGAGAAAUUAGGGUGGAUAAUUGUAAACUGAACAUUAUGAAAAUUUAAAAUAAAAAAAUAUCCAAAACAAAACUCGGCCUUAAUGUAAAUUAAUUGUAAAGCUUGAAACAUGCACUUGAAAUUUGAAAAAUGGUGCGGCCAGAAGUACGAUAAUUGAUUACAUACAUACACUGUAACUACGUGAAACAAGUUCGCUAUGUUCUAUAUCCCACUAGCCGGUUCAAAAUAAGAUGCCAAACACUAUUAAAUCUAAGGACCCGAAAGAAACCGUUCUACAACUAGUGCCUAGUACGUUAAUGCAACCGUUCGGAGCGCCGUAAGGAUUAUUUUAAACGAAAGUUUUAAAUUUGCGUGACUGUGAAAUAAUGACCAUCAUACAAUGAGACAUCCAUUUGGUAGACAGUUAGGUUACAAUUAAACCAAUACGAAAUCGAAUACAAUUAUAUAACAAAAGUUAUGUGCACAAAAACAACAAUAUGUUCUUGUGCAGUAUCUAUUGCUUCUGCUUUCCGUGUUUUAUGUUAGUAGCUUCUGUAUAUCUAUUUUUUAUCAGAAAUGUACUAUUAUAUCG